AUGCCGGGGCUCAGCUGCCGAUUCUACCAGCACCGCUUCCCAGAAGUGGAGGACGUGGUCAUGGUGAACGUGAGGUCCAUCGCUGAGAUGGGUGCCUACGUCAGCCUUCUGGAGUACAACAACAUAGAGGGCAUGAUCCUCCUGAGCGAGCUGUCGCGUCGGCGUAUCCGCUCCAUCAACAAGCUCAUCCGCAUAGGACGCAAUGAGUGCGUGGUCGUCAUACGAGUGGACAAAGAGAAAGGAUACAUUGAUCUGUCAAAAAGAAGAGUUUCACCAGAGGAGGCUAUCAAGUGUGAAGAUAAAUUCACAAAAUCUAAAACGGUGUACAGUAUCUUGCGCCACGUUGCCGAAGUGCUGGAGUAUAGCAAAGACGAGCAGCUGGAGAGCUUGUACCAGCGCACGGCUUGGGUCUUUGACGAAAGGUACAAGCGGCCGGGAUACGGCGCCUACGAUGUCUUCAAACAAGCUGUGUCUGAUCCUUCCAUCUUGGGUGAUCUGGACCUGACAGAAGAAGAGCGAUCUGUGCUUAUCGACAACAUCAACAGGAGACUCACACCGCAAGCUGUCAAGAUCCGCGCAGACAUUGAAGUUGCAUGUUAUGGCUAUGAGGGCAUCGAUGCUGUGAAGGAAGCGCUGAGAGCAGGACUGAGCUGCUCUACGGAAGCCAUGCCCAUUAAGAUUAACCUGAUUGCUCCGCCUCGCUACGUGAUGACCACCACCACUCUGGAGCGCACAGAGGGCCUCUCUGUCCUCAAUCAGGCCAUGGCGGCCAUCAAGGAGAAAAUUGAAGAGAAGAGGGGCGUCUUUAACAUCCAAAUGGAGCCCAAGGUGGUGACAGACACAGAUGAGACAGAGCUGGCCAGGCAAUUGGAGCGGCUAGAGAGAGAAAACGCAGAGGUGGACGGAGAUGAUGACGCAGAGGAGAUGGAGGCCAAAACCGAGGACUAG